AUGAUCGAAAAACGAUCGCGCCCCCACAAUAAUAAUAACUCAUCGACGUCCAAAAAGAAAGUGAAGGGCUAUCGAACUGCAGGGUCCGUGUCGCGCGGUAAACCGGACAAAACAAAUGGGCACCAGACCCGCUCGGUGACAAGAGGUCUCGAUGGCAUGGUCGAUCUGAGACGCCGCAAUAGAAGCCGUCCGCGUAGGUCCCGCAGAAAAAGCAGUAGGAGGAGGCGGUCGUUAUCCCGGAGGUCUCGGCUGCGGUCGAGUAGUCAAAGUACGCGCAAUUACGAGGAUAACGGCAAUGACUGCACAGAGAACACUUCAGCAGAAACCGGCGAGGCAGUAGCCCACCGGAUGAGACGGCAGCGGAGGUCACGCCGAGUUACCAACGACAUUGAAAACAAUUCAACGGACCACAGAUCGUCGUCGUCCAGUAGCAGCAAUCCCCUCCCUGCCAAUGAGGAAAUAUUUAUAUACUUUUUUUAUUCAAAUCUAAUCAGCAAAAGAGAAAAUACAUGGGACGAGGUCCUGUAA